AAGUGAUGGGAGGGGGGGGAAGAGGGAGUGUCAUUUUCUUUCCUUUUCAUAAUUCUUCAGUUGAUUAAUGGAGAGCAGCGUUAUCAUAGCCAUCUAAAAAGCAGACGAAAAGCACUUAUUAUAACAAACAGCUUUUUAUCUUUCACUAAUCACUAGUAAUCAUCGGCUGCUCUUGAAUUCCAUGCUCUAAAGGAAAAGCCUUUCCCAACAGAAGCUGCUUCUGCUGUCUUCGCCUCUCCUUUUGCUGUGGUUUAUCAGAGGCAGUGCUUGAUAGAUGUCUCUGCCUUUUGACAUCAAAGAUGUGUCUAUUCUUAAGUAGAUUGGGUUUUCCAGGUGGUGGGUGAUUUGUUAUAAGCAUCAUUUUGAAGGUGCUUUGAAGGCAGAGAAGGGAGCUGAGGCUAUUGCGAUAAUUUAUUCUGGGAGACAUGGAUCAGAGACUCUCAACAGAUGUAGUGGACUAUAGAAACGGUGACUAUGCCAAUAUUAAAGAUGCGGAGAACCCUCAAUUGGGAAUGUUUGAUAAGCCCCUUCCUUGCUUUGGCUGUGGAAUUGGAUGGUUUUCUCUUUUGCUAGGAUUUGCAUGCCCACUGAUGUGGUACUAUGCUACAAUUCUAUACUUUAGAAAGUACUAUCAUAAGGAUCCAAGGGAGCGGGAUGGACUUGCUGCCAAUACAUUUGCUGCUUUGCUAUGUACAAUUGCUGUGAUAAUUACAGUUGCUGUUAUUCUCUUAUAGUCGUUUUCACUACAAUUAUGCGCCUGUACCCAUCACUAUGUCACCUUCCUUGAGGAAAAGCCUGAGCUGAUGGUUUAGAACUCAGCUACUCAAAGCUUCCUUCCAGUAAUCGUAAAGGUGCCAGAAGAGGCAAUUGAUUUAACUGGUUCAGCCAUGUGAAUACCUAAAAGCAGUUUUUGGGUUUCUCCUUAGCCUUGUGCAUAAUACGAACCCUGUAUAGUAAGAGAUCGCAAGCAUUCACAUUGGAUUUUCUAGAUUCCUAUAUAGCUAAUUAAAAGCAAUUUUUUUUUUUUUA